AUGGACACCCCUCUAGAUUGGGAUCUACUCGCCGUUGUCAGAAGCUGCUGCUCCACCACCACCACGGCAGAUCUAGAACCUUCUCCAUCUAUUCCGCUGCCUCCUCCGUCGUCGUCGUCUUCGCAAUUUACCCUUCCUCCUAAACUACCUCAACAGCAACAACAACAACAACCGCCUAAGAAAACAACAACCUCCUCGGCUUAUUUGGCGUCUCCGGUAUCUUCGCCUUCUUCAGUCAUCACUAGAAGAUCUUUUGGAAUUAUUGAACAACAACAACAUCAACAACAAACGCAGCUUCGAGGAUUAAUUAAGCUUUCUCAUGUCAUUUUUGGAACUUCUUCUCCUUCUAUUGCUGGAAAUAAUGCUUCGCAAACUCCGAGAACUAAGAAAAGGAAUAAUCUGAUGAAGAAGGUGUGUCAUGUUCCAGCAGAAGGUCUUUCCUCUAAUAGAGUAUCCCUUAACUCACGGUGUCAGGCUUAG